UGCUCUAUAAAUUGCAAUACACUCUUCCAACAUUGGUCUCAUCUUAUGAGUUAACAUUGUUGCUACCUAUAUAUUUGCUUUAUAUCAUAAUUAUUUGAAUUAUAUUGUAAGCCACCGGCCAAAUUUUUUUCUUCUUCAUCUUCUUCAUUUCAAUGACACUUCAAUAUUCAAGCUUAGGUUGGAGCUUCAAGUUAUCGAUGAUGAAAGGGCUUGUUUUGUGUCUCCUUGUGCUAUUGAAUAAUGCAAAUUCUUCAUUUGCUCGUUUGUUAUUGAAUAGAACCAAAGAAGUGUCCAUGUUUAGAGAGCAACUUAAAAGAACCAUCCUUGAUAAUGGAGUUGGCCAGACACCCCCUAUGGGAUGGAAUAGCUGGAACCAUUUUCAAUGUGAUAUUAGCGAAGCCUUAAUCAAAGAAACAGCUGAUGCUAUGGUGUCGACUGGCCUUGCUGAUCUAGGUUACCAAUAUAUUAAUAUAGAUGAUUGUUGGGCUGAACUUAAUAGAGACUCAAAGGGUUAUAUGGUUGCCAAAUCAUCAACAUUCCCUUCAGGAAUGAAGGCUCUAGCUGAUUAUGUACAUAGCAAAGGUCUAAAGCUAGGGAUCUAUUCUGAUGCAGGAAAUCAAACAUGCAGUAAAAGAAUGCCAGGAUCAUUAGGGCAUGAAGAACAAGAUGCAAAAACAUUUGCUUCAUGGGGAAUUGACUACUUGAAGUAUGAUAAUUGUGAGAAUAAUGAUGUAACCCCCAAAGAAAGGUACCCACGAAUGGGUGAAGCUUUAGUACAAUCUGGAAGGCCAAUCUUCUACUCUUUGUGUGAAUGGGGAGCAGAAGACCCGUCAAUAUGGGGGAAGAGUGUGGGAAAUAGUUGGAGAACAACAUCAGAUAUCGAAGAUAAAUGGGAUAGUAUGAUAUCUUGCGCAGAUCAAAAUAAUAAAUGGGCUUCUUACGCUGGACCUGGAGGAUGGAAUGUUAUUUGGUAUACAGAUCCUGACAUGCUUGAAGUUGGAAAUGGAGGUAUGACAACAGAAGAAUAUCGUGCCCAUUUCAGCAUAUGGGCAUUAGUUAAGGCCCCUUUAUUGAUCGGUUGUGACAUUCGAGCACUGGAUGACAUCACAAAGGAACUGCUAAGAAACUCAGAAGUUAUAGCAGUAAAUCAAGACAAAUUAGGAAUUCAAGGGAAGAAGGUGAAAAGUAAUGAUGAUUUGGAGGUUUGGGCAGGUCCUCUCAGUGAUAACAGGCUAGCGGUCGUCUUAUGGAAUAGAAGUUCAUCGAAAGCAAUAGUAACUGCAUCUUGGUCUGACCUAGGUCUAAAACCAGGAACUUCAAUUGAUGCAAGAGAUUUAUGGGAGCAUUCAACACAAUCAAAAGUGUCGGGAGAUAUAUCUGCUGAAUUAGAUUCACAUGCUUGUAAGAUGUAUAUCCUGACUCCCAACUAAAUUCUCAACAUGUUGAGACAGAAAAGGAUGUAAACAACAAAAAGGAAGGACACAUCAUUAGAAUUUUAUUUGUCAAUAGGAAAUGCAGAAACAAAUUAAUAAGUUGUAUUUCUAAUAAGGUUUCCGUUUUUAAUUUAUACGUUUGAUACCAACUUGAUCCCAAUAUGUUAUGAUAAGACAAGUUGUGGAACCUAAUGUUGUUACUUAUACUUCUUUAAUGGAUGGUUAUUUCUUGGUUAAAGAAGUGAACAAGGCCACAUAUGUAUUCAACACUAUUGCUCGAAGUGGAGUGAUUCCUUAUGUUCAAA